AUGCACGACCCGUCAGGAGCUGGAUGGCUCCAACAUGCAGUCUAUGGCACCUCCAGGGCCCUCGUUGCCAGUGGACCCUCGCAUUGUCUCAAUGGACCGAGCCGCAACUUCUUCAUCCAGGCCCGCACAUUUGAAAUUUGUCGAUCUGUCAUUUUUAACGAGCCGAGCUUUCUCACGGAGCCCGAGUGGAUGGACUUAACACUGCGCUUACGCAAUUCUAAUGGGUCCCUCCAGCAACCCUCUCAAUCCGCCCUUUUAGACUUAGUAGUCAAGGCGUCAAAAUUACGCGUGAGUUUGCAGCAGUUAGCUAAAGAGACGGCUACUGAGGCCUUCCAACUUCAUGAUAAUCUUGCAAUCUGGGAUCUAGAGGAUUCAGCAAUGUCUUUUGGGCAUGACAAGGAUUUUGACGACGAGCAGCACUUUGAUACUAUAACCAAAUCAGUUACUGACAAGGCCGGUGCCCUAUUGGGCAAUCGGACAGGAGGCUAA